UUAGUCCUCAUCAUAACCCUUAUGCUCCCUUUAAUCCCUAGACCUACCACUCACACUCAUGCUAAACCUAAACCUCAAACACAUUUGCAAUCUCUUACCCCAAAAUUUACUCCUAAUCCCAACACUUAACACUAACCCCAAUCUCAACACCAACACUGACUGAAAUUAUACACAAAUCCCAAGGACAACCUCAACCCUAAAUCUUGCCCUAACCUGAAGCCGGAUCUAAAAUAGACUCAAACCCUAGCAGGUUGGGAAGGGUCAUCCAGCAUUUGAGGGGACAUGGGAGAGGCAGGUAGGGGAGGGGAACAUGAGGAAGUGACCUCACUUCCUUGACAAUGCUUGCCUAACAGAACCUAGAACUCUCAAGGCUGGUUGGCUACAUUUACUGGUAGAGAGACUCAACAACCAGGAGGAUGUUUUCUUGCUGUUUCCCAAAAUGCGAAGGCUCAGGCCACAAGAGUUGGUGGAGAGAGGGUGUUAUUCAAAGGCUGAGAGGCUCAGGCAGUCGUCAGGCCCAGAGCCUGGAGCACACUGACCCAAGAACCCCCAAGAUGACACAGGACCCAAGGAAGUCCAGCCCAAAGCUGGAGGAUGCUGGCAAGGUGGGGAGCAUGGAGCCAGACAUGCUGAAGAAGCUGGUGUUCAACCUGGUGCUUGCCCAUCAGCGCGGGGACCCCUUCUUCGUGCCUGCCUUCCUGGCCAUCUACAGGAGGUUCGCCACCACGCGGCAGGUGCUGGAUCUGCUGUUCCCCAGGUACAACUUCUUCCUCCCAGGCUCUGAGCAGGACCAGCAGAACAAGAGUGCUCUGAGCUCCAUCCUGGAGACCUGGCUUCUCCAGUACCCAGAAGACUUUUACCAGCACCCAGACAUGGACAACCUCAAGCAGCUCGUGGCCUAUGCACUCCUGAACCUUCCAGACUCAGACAUCAUCCUGCAAGUGUGCAGACUUUAGGCCCAAUUUAGAGUCCACUAAGAGGGAUCCCUUUCCAGAGUGGCUGAUCAGCGGAAUGCAGGACAAUUUAGACAACCUCACCUUGCAGGACUUCAAUUGCACGUCUGCCUCCCUCCCUUGGAAAUGUUGCCUUUUUUUUUUUUUUUUUUUUUUUCCUGGUUUCAUUUAUCUGUAGUUGUCCGGCGCCGCUUCCAUCCCGCGGAAUGUAGCACACGAACACUUAGCCUCUGCAAGCACCUUUAUUGACUGGGCAACAACCUCAAUACACGUCCGUCCGUGACGGCUUCUUCCGUGUUGUGCCUUUAUUGACUGGGCAGCAACCUCAAUACAUGUCCAUCCUCGACGGCUUCUUCCGUGUUGUGCAUCGGGCACUUCCUAUACUUGGGCUUAUAUAGCUAAUGUUAUCCAAUCAUGGGAUUACACGUGGGGACAGGCGAUUGGGCGGCAACAAGGAAGCAAUCAAUCAUUACCAUAUAUGGCGGGGACAGUAAGGCGAGCAAGAACCAGGAAGCAGGAUGUGUGUGCCAUCUUGGGCACACGAUGGGCGGGGGAGCAGCGAGGCGGUAGGCGGGUGCCAUCUUAUGAAUAUGCUCUCAUGAAUAA